CAGGAUUUAUAUUAGAGCUCAAAAACCAACCGCUGCCCAUUUUCAGCUUCCCACCACCAUUUUCUCCUCCUCCGCCGACAAUGGCCGCCGUCAAAAAAAAGCUCCUCAACACCAUCUCCGUCGACAUUGGCUGCAGUAGUUGUCGAAAUCCCAAAACCAUCAUCUCACAGAUCUUCCGCCCCAAGCCCAAGUCCCCAACCUCCUACUCCGACCGCCGCCUCUUCCGCUCGCCGUCGAGUUCGUCGGAGAAGAAGCUGAGCGAUUCCGACAUGGCCUACGCCCCUGAGGUUGUCGGAGGCGGGUUCUGGAAGAUCGGCGGCGUCAGCGUGGCGGUGGAGAAGGAUUCUAACGAUCCGUAUGUGGAUUUCCGACAGUCGAUGCUGCAGAUGAUUUUGGAGAACGAAAUUUACACUCAGGAAGGUCUUCGGGAGCUUCUUAGCUGUUUUCUUCAUCUGAAUUCUCCUUGCAACCAUGGAAUUAUAAUUCGAGCUUUUGCGGAGAUCUGGGAUGGUGUGUUCUGUGCCAAAUCGGCGGUUCCCACGGCGGCGCUUGCUAAACAAAGACGCCAUGUACGGUCACGCGCCUUCUAACCGUCUCCUCGUCAUGCCUUUUGCAUUGGCCGAUCAGUUUACUUUUUUAGUUUUUACCUUUC